CUAAUCAGAAGGCUCAAUAUCCUCACACGUAUUUCUCGGUCUGCGGUGUAGCUAGCUAGCUAAGUGGCUAACGCUAGCUAUGUUUUCUGAAAAGCUGUAGAAGAAAGAACGGAAAGGAUAUUAAAUAAACUUCGGAUAAACGUUGGCAGACCCUCAAAAUGGGUGAGCCGCAGCAGGUCAGUGCCUUGCCCCUGCCUCCAAUGCAGUACAUCAAGGAAUAUUCGGAUGAGAAUGUACGGAAAGGACUGGCUCCGAAACCACCCCUUCCGAUUCGGGACAAUUACAUGAUGUUUGGCAACCAGUUUCAGUGUGACGACCUCAUCAUUCGUCCCCUGGAGAGCCAGGGCAUUGAGCGCCUGCACCCCGUGCAGUUUGACCACAAGCGGGAGCUGAAGAAACUUAACAUGUCCAUCCUGGUCAACUUCCUGGACUUGCUCGACAUCCUCAUCAAAAGCCCUGGCAGCAUCAAGCGGGAAGAGAAGCUGGAGGACUUGAAACUUCUGUUCGUCCACAUGCACCACCUCAUCAACGAGUACCGCCCCCACCAGGCGAGGGAGACGCUGCGAGUGAUGAUGGAGGUACAGAAACGGCAGAGGCUGGAGACGGCCGAGCGCUUUCAGAAGCACCUGGAGCGGGUGGUGGAGAUGAUCCACGCGUGCCUGGCUUCGCUGCCCGAUGACCUGGCCCAGCCCGACCCCUCUGCUGGUGCUGGAGUUGGUGGCCUGCUUGUAGGUACAGGGGGAGACUUGAGGCUGAAAGCAGAGCCCAUGGACCUGGAGGUGGCUGGGGUUAGCUGUGUGGCAGGCAGCCUGGACAAAAAUGCACCUCCCACCAAAAGGGAUAAAGUGUGGGACAAAGAUGCUGCCAUGUGCAGUAUUAUUGACGAGAUGACUUGAGAUGCAUCAUACAUUAUUCAUGAGAUGACUUGAGAGGCAUCAUACAUUAUUCAUGAGAUGAUGUAAGAUGCAGCAUCCUUUUUUUUUAAGGUUUUGCAUUUUCUUUCUUUAUAAACUAAGGUCUGUUAAAGGUGCAUUACACAAAAUGUUUUGACAUUGGAGACUGGACCUUCAUAAUGUUCACCUCUAAGUAUUGUACAAAAUGUAUUAAAGCUUGUUAAAUAAA